AUGUCUCGCAUCGGGGACAGGAUGAAGACGGUGCAUCCUUCGUCCGUGAGAGUGGCGGCGACGCUGAAUCACUCGUUGUACUUUUGCCAGGGUGAGGGGUGGGAUGCGCGUGAGGGGGUCCUGUUCGAGUGUAAGCUGGUGUGGGCGAGAGGGAAGAGGGCGCUGACAGAGUUUGUGAUUCGAGAUGUGAGGGGUGGGCUUGUGGCGACGGGACAGCAGGAGGGAUUCUGUGACUUCAAGGCCGGGGCGGGAGAUGGGAGAAGCAGGAUGUAG